UAUUCACGAGCAUCUUUUAAACAAUCAUACCAUUCAUGCGUUUCCGGUUUUGCAACAUCGAAAUUGAACACAUGUUCGCUUAAUAUUCACAAUAUUUUAAUAAGAUGGGGAAAAACAAAUUUAAGAAAAAGCCUGGGGCUAAUCUUGAAGAAAGGAAAAAAAGAUUGAGAGAAGCUGCAAGAGAAGAGAAGAAAUCCAAGUCGUCAAAGAUAAAAUAUUCUCUAGACCAACUUUUAGACAAAGCACAAGACUGUAUUGACAGAUUUGAGUAUGAACUUGCUCAGAAGUUUUGUCAGCGGGCCCUUGAGAUAGAAGCGGAUAAUGUGCGAGCUCUGGAGACAUCUGGGGCACUGUUGAUUGACCUUGGAAACCUAGAGGCUGCUAAACAGUGUUUUGGAAGAGCUGUGGUGGUCAGUCCUAAUGAAGGAUAUUCAAAAUACCUUAAUCUUGGUCAGCUGUUCGAAGGAGCACAGUCAAUAGAAUGUUACCAGAAGGGUAUAGAGCUGAUGGUGGCCGAGAAGGAGAAGAAAGAGGCAAAGGAGGUGGCGGCUGCUUGCGGGGGAGACAGUGGACAUGUCACUGAUAGAAAUAUAUCUGAUGCUUAUGUUGCCAUUGCUGAAAUUUACAUGACAGAUUGCUGUUUUGAAGCUGAUGCGGAGGACAAGUGCCGAUGUAGUAUAUUGAAAGCUAUCGAAGCCGACCCCAAUAAUCCUGAUGCUGUACAAUUGAUGGCAAGCUUUUUACUCACCAAGGAGAAAACACAAGAAGCAAGACAAGAAAUAAAGAAGAGUGUAAAUCUAUGGUUACCAGCAUUCAAGGCCAGUGAGAAUCCAGAGGCUUCCACUAGUGAACCAUUAGAGUGUUCACAGAGCUUUGAGUCUCGUCUUGCAGCAGGAAAGAUUUUGAUAGAGGUAGAGGAACACGAGCUUGCAAUAGAAGUGUUAGAAACUCUGUUGGAGGAAGAUGACGAGAAUGUUGAAGUCUGGUAUCUGAUUGGCUUAGCAAAUCAUCACCUAGGAGACGAGGGGCGGGACAACGCUAGAUCAUAUCUCAACAAAGCAAAGAAAGUGUACAAUAAAACCAAGUGUAAAGAUGAGGAUCUUCUCAAACACAUCGAAGAAUUACUGGAGACACUAGGAGCUGGAGAUGAUGUAAUGGAUUCUGAUAUUGAAGCAGACGACAUUGAUGAUGCAGACGACAAACUGAUCGAGUCUGAUGAUGAUGAAGAAGAUAAUACUUCCCAGCAAGCAAUGGAUCAUUGAUAUUAAUGUUAAUUUGUAUAUACAUUGAAAUAAAUACUGUUGAAUUA